AUGGUGCCUGCCCUCCUGUUGACCAUGCAGGCGCGAGCGAUGGGCCGAAGCGUCAUAUCCUCCCUCGCGGGUUUCUCACAGUGCAGCACUUUUAUCUUGCCCUCUCCCUCCGCUACCGUCUCCUCUCUUAGGCCUGAUCCAUGGUAUCAAAGGGCUAGGUUGGGAACGGACUGGUUGAUACUUCGGAGACGAGCAAAGACGUUGAACGAUGGCAGAAGGCACGUUCAUCAUGACUUUACGAUGAAUUCAGUUAGGACGUCGUCUGAGGAGCAACAAACUUCCGCGCCGUAUACACCAAUUGCUACACGCCCUCUCGUAAUCAGCUUUGAUCUCGACGACACCCUAUGGCCUACUGUGGAUGUCGUGAUGUCAGCAAACAGAGCGAUGGAGAGUUGGCUCAACCUCAACUAUCCAGGAACGCCGAAUGCAACGGCAAUACAAGGGAUAAUGAAAGCUGAGAGGGAGAGAGCAAGGAAGGAAUGCGAGGAACUUGGAGUUGAAGAGAAGCCGAUGUCUUACACUGAGAUGAGAAUCACUGCUCUGCGUCUCGCAACUGAAGCAGCGGGAUAUUCGCGGGAUGAGGCUGAAGCAGCUUCGAAGAAUGCCUUUGACGUCUGGCUGCAAGAGAGAAAUGCCGCAGGAGAAAGGCUUCUGUUUCCUGGUGCCGUCAGCGCCCUGCAGGAGAUCAAGAGCAUGUAUCCGGAUGUUCUUUUCGGAGCGAUCACGAAUGGGCGGGCCAACGUCACAGAGAUGGGGAGCUUAAGGUCGCUCUUUGACUUUAGUGUGUCUGCAGAAGAACCGGAGGUGUUCCCUGACAGGAAACCCUCCACUCGUAUAUUCUGGGAGGCUGUGACACGUGCGGAAAAGAGGUUGAAAGAUCGAUCGCGGAGGAAGGAUAUUGAUAGCCUAGUGCCGCAUCUCUCACGAUGGAUCCACGUUGGAGAUGAUCUGGUCAAUGACAUCCUGCCAGCUGGACAGAUAGGAAUGCGGACAGUAUGGAUAGAGGGGGCACAAGACAGAUCCCAAGCUUUUUAUUCCACCAUGUCGGCUGAUGAGAAGGCCAAGAAAGACACGUUGAUCGCAACCUGCAACCCAGACUUUGCAAUCUCUGCGGUGAACUUCACAUGUUGA